UUGGUUCCUGAUCAAAUAUGCGUAAACGGACAAGAUAAGGUUUAAACACUGCUCUAAAGGCAGAUAACGAUAAUGGGGGAAGGAGAAACAAAGAAAGAGUAAAACAGGAUGAAUAUAUAAGAGCAUUCAUCCAUCUUGAACGGAUCUUCUUCCUUCAUUCAUUCCAUCUAACUCAAAAACAAUGUCCACCUCACAGCAACAACAUACACUUUCGGCGUAUUCGUAUGGAAAGGAUGACGUACGUAUCUUACGCAUCGUACGCGAUUCAAACGAUCCCGCUUCUCAUCAUGUGGUAGAAUACAAAAUACAAUGUUUACUUUCGGGUUCAUCGCUGGCACCUUCUUAUACUCAUGCUGAUAAUAGUUCAGUCGUUGCAACUGAUAGUAUCAAGAAUACCUUGAAUUUAUUGGCAAAACGUACGCCUGGCGUGCAAAUUCUCGUUCCGGAAACGUUUGCAUUGGUGAUUGCAGAACACUUUUUACGUACAUAUAAACAUAUCGAAAACGUUCAUAUCGAUAUCGAUUUAUUGAAAUGGAGUAGAAUUACUUUAAAUAAUGGACCAAACGGAAAUGCAAGCAGUAGCGGCUUGACAAGCACUUCUCCUUUCGAUAAGUCUAAACAACAUCCUCACAGUUUUGUUAGAGAUGGCAAUGAGAAACGCUAUGUUCGUGCAAUCGGUAAGCGAGAUGCAAGCGGCCAACCUUCGAUCGAUGUUUUGCAAUCUGGUUUACGGGACCUUGUCGUCUUGAAAAGUUCGGGAAGCGCUUUUUACGGCUUUUGGAGGGACGAAUAUACAACAUUGCCUGAAGUGCACGAUCGAAUCUUUAGUACAAGUGUUGAAUGUCAAUAUGAUAUCAAGCUACCGGCUAAGCCAUUACAAGAUUUACUCAAUCCUUCCACUUCCGGCAAAGAUUUACCUCCGUUUGACGCAAUCGCUCAAAAUGCAAUCUCUCACAUUUUAACCACAUUUGCAACACACUCUUCUCCUUCUGUUCAAGCAACAAUGUAUCAAACCGGUCAAGCAAUCCUGAAUGACAAAGAUUCAAGCAGCGUCGUACAAGUAAAUCUUGAAAUGCCCAACAGACAUUAUAUCCCAAUCGAUCUAAGCUGGGCAAAAGAGGAAAACAUCAAAGAAGAUCAAGCCGAAGUAUUUUUGCCAAGUCAACAUCCUUCCGGACUAAUCAAAGCCACAGUCACACGAUCAAAUUAGCAAAUAGACCUGCCAUUUUUCCAUUUUAUACAUUGUAUUGCAUCGAUAGAAUAUACAUAAGAAUUAUUUUUGUACAAUGUGUGAGAGUAGAGUAGAUACCCAAAUUUUUCAUGUAAGAUAAAAGUACAAUUGUGUGUCAA